AUGGCGGGGAAGUUUGUAUGGGUGAUUUUGUGUGUUGCUUUGGUGGUGGAAAGCAGGAAGUUAGAGGAGAAGGGUGGGGAGGUGAUCAAGAAGCCAGAGUGGUUCUUUGAUGGUAACCCUGGGUCGAUUGGUGGUGGCGGUGGUGGUGGUGGAGGAGGAGGAGGAGGUUUGGAGGUUGGUUUUAAUGGAAAACCUGGCAUUGAUUUUAGAAAGCCUGAUUGUGUUGAAAAGGGUCGUGGAGGUGGUGGUGGUGGAAAGCGUCACAAGCAAAACGGGUACCAUCAGGGUGGUGGUGGUGGAAUUGGAGGCAAUAGUGGAGGUGGUGUUGGGGGAGGUAUUGGUGGUGGAGCUGGUACAGGGGGAGGGAGCAAAGGGGGAAUAGGAAGUGGAGGUGGUAUUGGAGGAGGAAUAGGUGUUGGUGGAGGAAAGCCUGGAGGCGGCAUUGGAAAAGGAAUUGGUGGUGGAAGCGGUAGUGGAGGAGGAAUAGGUGGUGGUGCUGGUGGCGGUAUUGGAGAACGAAUUGGGGGUGGAGGUGGAGUUGGCGGAGGUAUUGGGAAAGGGGUUGGUGGUGGUGGAAGUGCAAGUGGAGGGAUGGGUGGUGGUAGUGGUGCAGGUGGCGGGGGGGCAGGAGGAGGUAUUGGCAAAGGAUUUGGUGGAGGUGCUGGUAGUGGGUUUGGGGGAGGAAUAAGCGGUGGUGGUGGAGGUGGUGGAGGCUUUGGUGGUGGCGGUGGAGGGUUUGGCGGCGGUGGAGGAGGGGGAUUUGGUGGCGGUAUAGGUGAUAAUGGAGGCAUUGGUGGCGGCAGUGGAUUAGGUGGUGAAGCGGGAUUUGCUGGUGGCGGCAGUGAGCUUAAGUUUAAUAGCUCUUUUACCAAGGUUGAGGCAAAGAAACCAUGA